AUGUCGUCGUGCCUGCGGAAUCUGCUACGGAGGCUUAGGCAUGGGCCCUCCGAAUGUGGGCUGCACGAGGCUGACGCCCCUGAAUCCGACUGGGGUAGCCUGCCCUUCCCAGUGCUGGAGAACGUCAAGGCGGUGGUGGAGGACAGCAGCCAGGGCACCUCCUGCGUCAUGAAGUCCGCCCGGUUGGUGAACAGGCACUGGGCGCGGUGGGCCACCGAGGCCGUGGACGGCCUCAACCUCUCGGGGGGCAUGGCCCUGGAGGCGAUGAUGUCCACCAUCGUCAAAAGAUUCGUCAGCGUUCAGAAACUCAAGUGCAGGGAGGGCCACCUGUGGCUGGUGGAGCUGGCGAGCCUGACCAUGUUGCGGCAGCUCACGCACUUGGACCUGGUGGGCUGCUGCAUUCCCGACAGGGGCUGGGCGCCCUUGAGCAGGCUGACCAGCCUAAGGCACUUGAACAUGUAUGCGUGUCCGUAUGUCACCAGCGAUGGACUUGCCCACCUUCGGGGGCUUGUUUCCCUGGAGUGCCUGCGGCUGAGCCGGUGUUGGAAGGUCACGGACGACGGCCUGGCGCAUCUUGGCGGCCUGACGGCCCUGACGUCCCUGGAGCUGUCCAGCUGCCACAAGAUCCGAGGCGAUGGGUUGGCUCACCUCAGCGGCCUGGGCCGCCUGGCCCACAUGGACGUGUCCAACUGCUCGGAGAUGCGCAGCGGCGGCAUGGCGCACGUGGGCGCCCUGGGUGGCCUCAGGGAACUGGUCCUUUCGGGGUGCCGGAGGAUCAAAGACAGGGGACUGGGGCACUUUGUGAAGUUGACGUCCCUGACGCGGCUGUGCCUGUCCGGCCUGCAGAAGGUGCGCGACGGGGGGCUGGAGCACGUGGGGAUGCUCACGGCCUUGGAGGCGCUGGACCUUUCGGGCUGUGACAUUACCGAUGAGGGCUUGGCGCAGCUGGCGCAUUUGACGGCCCUGGAGGAGCUCAACCUGAGCCGCUGCCGGAAGAUCACGGACGACGGCCUGGAGAGUGUGGGCCACCUGACGGCGCUGAGGCGAUUGGAUCUGUUGGGGUGCAGCGGGGUGUCCAGCGGGAGUCGGGCGUUCAUGGGGCAGCUGACAGCGCUGACGCUUUUGGACUCCGCCGGGUCGGAAAUAACGGACGCGUACUUGGGGGCGGGGCGGCUGCUGUGA